CCUAAUGAUACGGUACACUCGACGAUAAGUUUUGUUUUUGUUUGGCUAAAAACGUCAUCUCCACUUGAAAUGCUUUAGCAACCCUGGUUUCAGUUCAUCUCAGUUCCUCACCAUGACAACUUCAAGCUGGUUUGUGCGCCUGUUGCGGUAUAGAAAUGAAUAUUUAGCCUCACUUUCGGCUACUCUGUGCAUAUUCAUGGUCGUAUGCUCGAACGCAUGGUCUUCGCCGGCCCUGCCAAAGCUACUGACGGAACCAAACCCGCCGGUAUCGAUUACGGCUGAUGCUGGUUCGUGGAUCGUUUCGAUUCAAGCAAUUGGAGGCAUCUUCGGUAUGGUUCUCGCCGGACUCACCAUCGACCGAUUUGGUCGCAAGUGGCCAUUUAUCGCCAGCGCUCUUCCCGUGAUUGCCGGAUGGAUUAUGAUCGCAUUAGCACGAACGUCAGUAUUGCUCUACAUUGCCCGCUUUCUGUUCGGCGUUUCGUACGGCAUUGCGUACGGUGUUGCGCCCGUCUACAUAGGCGAGAUCACCUCCGACCGGGUACGUGGUGCAGCUGCUUCACUCAUCACGGUAAUGGCCAAACUGGGUAUUUUGUACGAAUAUUCCGUCGGUCCGUACGUGGGCUUUGAGACACUUGCCUGGCUUUCAAUGCUUGGACCGGUUGUGUUUCUUUUCACCUUCGUGUGGAUGCCGGAAUCACCGCACUAUCUGCUCGGUAAGGGACGCAACGAGGAAGCACAGAGAAGCCUCCAAUGGUUGCGAAGAAACUCGUCCGUAGACGAAGAGCUCGCCUGUACGCGAAAAUCCAUCGAACGGACUGUCAGCGAGCGCGGUUCGAUGAGAGAACUGUUUCUACCGGCUUAUCGCAACAACCUCAUCAUCGUGCUGAUUCUUGCCGUCGGUAUACAGCUGUCCGGUAUGCAGGCCAUCCUCAGCUACGCACAGACCAUCUUUUCGCAGAUUUCCAGCGAUCUCACCGAUGCCGAAAUGUCCAUCGUGCUCGGUGUCGUACAAAUGGUAACCGUGCUAUUUCCGGUGUUUCUGGUCGAUCGUGUUGGCCGUCGUCCGCUGCUGCUGUGGUCCGCGGCCGGUAGCUUUCUCGGACUGUUGCUGGGAGCCAUCUACUUUACGCUUGACGCGGCAGACGUCGAUGUGGCACGCUUCGGUUGGAUUUCAUUCGUCGGGCUUGUGCUGUUCGUCAUAUCGUACGCAUUCGGUCUGGCGACUGUACCGUUUGCGAUUCUGAGUGAAAUAUUUCCCAAAAACAUUCGUGCCUACGCGAACGCACUGUUUGGGAUAUUGAGCGGUGCCGUCAUCUUCGCCGUGGUGAAGUUGUUCCAGGUCGCGCUCGACAAUGUUGGGGCGUAUCUGCCGUUCUGGGUGUUUACCGUCAGCACCGGGCUGACGUUUGGGUUCGUUUUUCUGUACAUUCCCGAAACCAAGGGACGCAGCUUGGAUGAAGUGCAGGAGAUUAUUGCCGGAUGGCGUAAAAAGCGUAAUUCCAAAGUUGUCUUUGACGGGGAUUGAGCAUUUCAUUCUUAACAUAGCGUUACGGGUACGGUAGGUUUAUGAAUACCAUGUCUGAAGAUAAAUUUGAAAGUGAAAGAAAAUUUAAAAGAAAAACCCACCUCACGAAGGCUAAAAAUAACCCUAGGAAAUGUAGCUCAUGCAUGUCCACAUUAAGGGCUAUUUUUAUUUUUUUAAUCAAAUACCUUUUACUCAACUCACAUUGAGUGUUUCUUUCUCUCGCGUGUAUGCAAACAAACAUAAUAAAUAAAAAAUAUAUAUUUAAGUUUCAGCUAAA